AUGCGUCCAGGAGCCCUAUUAGCACAAUUGGCAUUUGCCUCAUCUGCCAAUGCAUUUUAUCCUUACAACCCGAGUUGGCGAGUCGAUGUAGGGCAAAAGAAAAUGGGAAGGAGUACCAAGAGUGUUGGUAAUGGUGGUGGUGUGCGUAUGGAUAUCAAGCAGAGAACACCCCAGUCUAGCCAGCCACUAUCAGAAAGAGCAGCCCACGAAGCAGCACGAUUGAUCGCCAAGUACACCGGAGGAAAUGUCCCAGAAGGCAGUUUGUUGGCUAAGCGCGACAACGAGUACGAUGUCAUGGAGGCUACGGAAUCGACCAAGAAGCACGCCCAAGGCGUUGACCAGGACGGUACCGAUUAUUCGUACUUCAUUGAGGUUGAAGUUGGUUCCGAGAAGAAGUCAAUGUAUAUGCUCAUCGACACUGGCGCUGGCUCAAGUUGGGUUAUGGGCACUUCUUGUAAAAGCAAAGCGUGUUCGAUGCACAACACAUUUGGCGCCGACGACUCGGACUCACUAGACAUCUCGGAGAAAUCCUUCAACAUCGCAUACGGCUCUGGAAAGGUCUCUGGAACAUGGGCGACCGAUACGAUCACCGUGGCGGGCAUGAGCAUCGAAUAUCAAUUUGGACUCACAGACACGACAUCGGACCAGUUUCUUCAAUUCGCCUUUGACGGAAUUCUUGGACUGGCAAUAAACAAGGGCUCCAACAAUAACUUCCUCAACGCCUUGGCCAAGUCGGAGGAAGUUGACAAGAACAUGUUCUGCGUUGCUUUGAACCGUGCAUCCGAUGGCACGAAUGAAGGUGAAAUCAGCUUUGGCUCACCAAACCCUGACAAGUACACCGGCAAGAUCUCAUACACAAGUAUUGGCGAAGACGAUGAUUGGGCUAUCAAGAUGGACGAUAUGGGCUACAACGGCAAGAAGGCAGAUGUUGGCGGAAUGAGCAGCUUUAUCGAUACUGGAACCUCCUUCAUGUUUGGGUCCCCCGAGAAUGUCAAGAAGGUCCACGCUCUUAUCGAGGGAGCCGAGAGUAGUGACGGCAUUACCUAUACUGUCCCCUGUGACAGCAACGGCAACAUGACCAUCGCAUUCUCUGGAGUCGACUAUGUUAUCUCGCCCAAGGACUGGAUCUCCCCCCCUAACAAGGAGGGAAAAUGCACCAGCAACCUUUAUGGGUUUGAGGUCGUCAAAGGUGCAUGGCUCCUGGGCGAUACUUUUAUCAAGAACGUCUAUGCCGUCUUUGACGCGGACGAGCGUCGCAUUGGCUUUGCUACAAGCGCCAUUGCGAGCGGCUCCAGUAAUGAUGAUGAAGAAGCAAGUUCAUCAACAAAGACUGAGAGCUCCAGCAAGUCCACCAAGACGUCUGACGAUGCUGAAGAGACUGGCGUCACCACAAAAUCCGAUGCAACGGCCACUGCAGUGCCGGAUAUGGGCCUGGGUAAAGAAACCGUCUCAUCCGGCACAGCUACUGCCGACUCCAGUGAGGCGAGCGAGACCAAAGACUCGUCUGCACCCACAGGGCUAUUAUCACAAGCCCGUUUCACAUUCAUUUUCUGUAUAGUACCGUUUUUCGCCCUCCUGGCUUAG